AUAUACAAUAUAUCUGAUAUACCAGAAGAUAUGUCAAUGCUUUCCAGGUACGUUCCUUAAACAAAACAAGUAAAUAUUGUGGAUUUUUUUUUGUAUCUCUGAACAUUAUGUAAUGCAUUUUUGAUCUCGCGGAUAGAUGCACGUGCAUUGAGCACUUCUACCUGGACUAGAAUGCAAACAAUCAAAAUUUUCGAGGAUGUGUAUAUAAACUACUACAAGAGUGUCUGGAGUAUAAUACCUGGCUGUGAUGCUAUUAUGCGUUAGAGAGCAUUAUUUGUUUAAAAAAGUAUCUAGAGUUUGUGUAGGAGUAGAUGUCAAUUUCAGUGAUGCAAGGGCCCUGCUUACGAUAUAAUUUUAUUUUGUGGAAAAGUGUGUCGAACUGAUACACUUGUGAAGAUAAUUUUCUACGGACUGAUAAGUUUUAUCUGGCAAAUCGAAAGGAUUUAUAUGCUGGUAAAAGUGCAUUUAGAUUGUGCUAUCAUUUACAACACAUGUUACACGAGUUUAGUGAUGUGACAGCCAGGUGUCACGUCACUCAUGUGUUCAGGAAAUCCGGUUUUUGUGUAUUUGUUUGUUUGUUUCAAAAGAAAUUUGAAAACGUAAUAAAAAACGAGAACAAUCCUUAACUUUUCUCAGAAAGAACCGUUUUAGAAACCUAUCUAUAUUUGUUAUAUCCUAUGCACCUGUGCAUUGAUCAUUAUAAAUAACAAAUGAUAACACAGUCACUGUUGAAUCAAACGUAAGAUCAAACUCAUUUCUGAAAACUUGAAUUUCAGUUUUGGAAUUAAAGUGUCCUGCUUUAUAAACAAAAAAUAUACUGAGAAAAAGACAAAACGACACUGGUCGUGCGUAGUGAUACAACGUAACUGCAGAAUAUUUUAAUAAUUUAAAACUAGAAUACAGCAUAAUAUAUAUAUAUUAAAGGAGUAUUUGAGAUAACUCAAGUUAUAAGUUAAUAUACUAGUAGCCAACCAGUGACGAAAAAGGGACAUCCGAAAAUAAGGAUGAACUAUUAUGGAUAUGAUACACCGUAACAUUGAAAAAUAUGAGAUAUCAGUUUAUGAAUUAAAUCGGUGUUUUAAAUACUACCAUUGACUAAAUUAGGAUGCAAACUACUCAUGGGUGUGAUACACCGUAACAGCGGAGUAUUUUGGAAAGUUGAUAUGGAUGCUCAGCCUCGUUCUAAAGGCGGUAGUAGAAGCCCAAAUCUUAACGGACGGUCGCCAUCUUUGAUGCGUGCAUCUGCUUCUUCCAAACGCUCAAGAAACCGUUUUAGUGACUCAGAUUACAACAUCUCGUACAAUGACUUCGAUGAGCGCUGUAGCAAUGAAAAUAAUCUCAGAGGAGGUAGACUUGGAGUGACAUGUAAUAAAUGUGAUAAUUCAGAAAGAAAAGGAUGUGAGACUAAAGUAAAUUCCAACGACAACAUGGCUCUAAGUGCUGUUAUGCUUAGCGGCGGAUCCGGAGGAUCCGGGCUUAAAAAAGGAUCGAGCCAAAGGAACCUUACAGAUGCAGACUGUGAACAAGGGAACAUAAAUGCGUGGCAAAAUGGAGGCCAGUCGAGUCGGGGUUCAAGGUCACAUUCUGUGUCUCCGUCAUCGAGUAAAUGUAACUGUGAUAAAGGCAAAUCAAAGGAAACUGUGAUAAUAAACGUCGGUGGUAACGUGUUCGAGACUUUCAGAUCAACGCUCAAAAGAUUUAAAACGUGUAAACUUUCAGACGAACGGGAAAUGAUGAAAUAUUUUAGACCGGAUAAAGGGGACUACUUUUUUGACAGGGAUCCUUACGCCUUUAACAUUAUUAUGAACUAUCUGAGAUAUGGAGAUCUUCAUUUGCCGACGAAUCUUUGUGGACCUGCGCUUAUGCGAGAGUUUCAGUACUGGGGCAUCGACGAACAAGAAAUUGAAAGGUGCUGUUUUCAGCCAUAUAAUACCUGGAAAACACAGACGAAGUCUCUAGAAAAGUUGGAAUAUGACCGGAAACAGUCCACAACGCAGACAGACCUUGCACACGACCGGAAGAGCAAGAGCGUCUGGCGCCGGCUAAGAGCCGUUAUUUGGCCGUUCCUACAAGAUCCCGGUUCUUCAGUUGCAGCAAAGAUCUAUGCAUGGAUAUCUAUAAUAUUUGUCUGCCUGUCGAUAUUUUCGUUUUGUGCGGAAACACAUCCCUACUUUCAACUUCCGCCGUCAGAAGUCCACAAUCUGCGAGUAUUGUACAAGUUCUUUGCUCUAGAAGACAGUCAAGUCAUCACAAAAAUCAACGACAACACGGGUGUACAGAACAGUACGGCUUCCAAUUUAUCCGAUUCAGCAGCCGACACAAACAAUACAGACGUAGAUUCGGAGCAGAAGAUACAACAUCCGGCGUUGUUGGUCAUUGACCUUAUCUGUGUACUGUUUUUCAGUUUAGAAUUUCUUACACGACUUGUAUUUUGUCCGAAAAAGCUCAGAUUCUGUACAUCUUUGCAGAAUAUCAUUGAUUUUAUAGCCAUAGUUCCUGACUAUGUGGAGUUUAUACUUCUGUGCGUCAGUCCACAAGUGCGGUCAGGGUUAAGUUUUGUCGAUUUUAUCUUCAUAUUGCGCAUGCUCCGUCUGUGUCGUAUCUUCCGGUUGAUACGUCACGUUCCCGGUUUGUGGAUUCUACUAUACACAUUAAAAGCAAGUUUCAAUGAACUUUUGCUCAUGUUCGUGUUCCUUUUGAUUGGAAUGGUGAUGUUUGCUUCACUGUUACAUUUCACUGAAGGUGGAGGACAAUUCAGUAACAUUCCUGUAGGAUUUUGGUGGGCGGUUGUAACCAUGACUACCGUAGGCUACGGUGACAUGUACCCUACAUCCGCAUUCGGUUACUUUAUUGGAUCAAUUUGUGCUAUAUCCGGGCUUCUUAUGAUUGCCUUUACGGUACCAAUCAUUGUGAGCAACUUUGUUCUUUAUUAUACGCAUGUACAGUAUGGAAUUUCUGAUAAAGAUGAAAGGGAUGAAGAAAGGUGUGAUGUUAACGAUAUUGAAACGUGCUCAUAUCAUACGUCAUGCUCUGGGUCAAUAAAUGACGUGCAUAAAAGUCAAAAUCCAACAGGAAAUUCGCAGACGACGGAAAGUGACAUUAACAUGACGGAAAUUAGGGACGUUCCUAGAAGUAAUUCCGAAACCACGACAAGUUUGUUUGAUAAAGAUGAAAAUAUUCCUAUGAAAAUCACGGACAGCAACUCGAAUAGACUGUAAAGUUACUCACUCAAAAUCGUGUAGAAACGUUUCAACAUGUUUAUUCCCAUUAAAUUUGGCAUGGAAUAUAAUUAUAUAUAUGACACUGUAAAUUGAUAAAAUGAGUGAAAAUAAGUGUUAGAUCAUGAUUGGUAAAAUGCGUGAGUAGUGUUGAUUUUCCCCAUUAUUUCGAAAUCUUUACAAACGGUUUACUUCAUUGUGCACAUUAUUUUUGAUAAGUUAGCAGGAUAUCUUGCGAAAAGUCAUGUCAGUAAGUUUGUAUAAUUGGUCAUUUUUACAGUACCACAUUUUAUGAUUUUUGAGGGAGAAAAAUAGUUUUUACAUAAAAAGUGUGAACGAGUCGGUUUAAGACUUGAACAGAAUGACAAUGGUUGUGAAAUAUGGGGAUUUAAAAAUUAUAAAAAAAAUAUGCAAUUCAAUGAUUGAAUUCGGUCAGAAUUGGCCUCGUGAUGGACACCUAAUUUUGAUAAAACUGCAUCAGCUGAUCAAUGGAAUGUAUAAAGAUACUAGUAUCUUUAGUGCGUGAAAUGCUGAUUUCUUUUUGUUAUAUUUAUAAGGUAUUUUAGGUUGUUUCACCUACAUGUAUUCAUUUAUCAGAUUUUACUUACUUAUAUUAAGUAACGCGGCCAGUUUUUGUAUUCAUGUGGUUAUAACAAUUUUGUGAUUCAAAAUUUGUAGCAAAAAUGCAUUCCAAGUUAAAAAUUUAUAGUUUCAGUUAAUGUUAUUUUAUAUGUGUAAAAUGUAUGGAAACAUUUUAUUUUUGUUAUCAAAAUGAGCUUUUUUUGGAAAACCAGCUUAUUUAAUUGUGAUUUCUGUUACUCUUUCCUGCAGAUAUUGAUUUGCGCUCCUUUUAGUUUAACUAAAUCAAUUCGGUUUUGUUGCACAUAUGUGCUAAAUUAAUGACUAGUCUUAUUUAGAAAUUGUCCGAGUUCCAAGUUUAUAAAAAUGUUCGGAGACCAGUCACAAAACUCCAACAUCUGACUGGUUCCCUCCAAUUACAGAUUUAAAAUUGACCAGUGCUAAACUGGGCUCCAGAUUAUGUUUAAACCUUUGCGCCUAGGGUUCUCUUUAGUUUGUUGUUAUAGUUAUGACUGAAGAUGGCGUCUGUUACGCAGAAGGACGUCUGCCUAAGCAGUAAAAUAAGUUUAAUAAACUAGGAAUAUUUUUGUUAUACAUUAUGCCUUCAUAAUAAGUAGUUAUAAGGGAAACAAUGAGCGAUAUUUCAUGUUAUGAAAGCAUGACAAACAUGCAUCUGCGUAUCAUACAUUAAUUUCUAUUUUUAUCACUAUGUGAUUGGAAUUUAUGUAUGAAGUUUUUGCAAUAUUUGCACAAAUUACAUUGGUUUUAAUGAAUUUUAUUGCUCAAAUAUAUAUUAUUUUAAUUAAUUUUUGAAUAUUUUAAAAGAUGAGCUCAAAUAUUUUGUGCCUUUUUUUAAAGGGAAGCUCCUAAAACAACGAUCUUUCGUUUUUAAUCCAUUUACCAAUUUUAUUUCUUAAAAGUGGCCUGCGUGACGGUAGAUUGUUAGAGCCGUAGAUUCAUUUGUGAUGACAACAAUGCCUGUUUUUAGUCGUCGUUCUUUUAACAGACUACAGUGCUUUAAUGUAAAUACAUAUGAUUUUCCUCAUUUAUACUGACUACGGCCAUUAUUAUUGCGCUUUUGCGAAAAAUACAAACCUAAUUUUAUUUGUAAUAUAUAGUUUUCGUCUAAUGCUUACUAAAUAGUUGGACUUUAGUUUUCAUAGGCCUAUAUGGGCCAGUUUACAUGCACUGAUCUUUUAAAGUUCGGGUGUUUUUAACGGCCUUCAGGUAAGCUUCACCACUUAUCUAUAAGUCUUAUACGACACUGUUAUACUGCGCAUGUCCGUUUUUUAUGCCACGGACAUAUAGCGAUUGAACUGUCUGUCCGUUUGUCCGGCCGUUCUAACCAGAUUUUACCAUUUCGCACACAGCACACAUUAAUGACUUGAUUUAGUCCAUACUAAAACUCAACAGUCCUGAUAUGACCUUCACCUUCAAACUUGAAACCUUAAUAAAUAACAUUUUUAGUCCUACAGCCCACAUUAAUGACUUGAUUUAGUUCAUACUAACACCCAACAGUCGUUGUGGUAAGACCUACAAACUGGCCUAUAUAUAGAUGACACUGAACCUCAUAUGACCUUCAGCUUCAAACUUAAAACUAUGGUCCGACAGCCUACAUAAAUGACCCAAUUUAGUUCAUACUCACACUCGACAAACUUUGUGACAAUACCUACAAACUGACCUAUAUAUAGAUGACCUUGAUCUUCAUAUGAUCUUCCCCCUCAAAAACAACAUCUUUGGCCAUACAGCUUGGGGGCGGGGAGGGGGGGGGGCAUGAAAUUACGUUUUGAAACGUAGCUUCUUGUUUCAAAUAACAAUUGAACUAUGUGUGAGUUAAGUCUUCUAUUCUGAAGUCAGAUCAUGUGAAUUAAAACCGUCUUUUUGCUACUUCGGACAGGUUAUUACCCGCUAGUUUUCAUGUGUUUGAUAAUAGGCCCAGUGUUUAUUGAAAGGUCUUUGCUCAUUAAGUGCAUUUGAUACACGCAUUCUAUAAAAAGAAUACACGCCAAUAGUGUCAUUUAUGUGAGUUAUUGAGUGGCAAAUGACAGCAAAGUGGCAUAUAUAAUUUGAAUUUAGAAUUAUUUGACUGUUCUUUUAUUAUUUAUCAAUUGAGAAAAUCAAAUAGACUUCGGUUUCUUUAAAGGUUACACAUAGAAUUAAAGUACAAUGAAAUUCAUUACAUAUAGUAUAUCCAUUACAUAAUUGACAAAGGAUAAUGGUUCUGUAUAUAUAUAAUAUAUUGUUUGUAACUAAACUUGUAAAUUGUAUAAGCAUCAUCAAAUGAUUAGUACAUGUGUCAAAGACCGCUUGUGAACAGAGGCCUUUUCGUUUUAUUACACAUUCUCCGUUUCUGAUUUCGGCAUUUUACGAUUGUUAUUGCCGAAGGAUGCGGAAAUAGCUUACGAAAAAUACGUAAUCUCACGGAGAUUACCGAGAGUCGUUACAUUUCCACAUCCUUAUAGCCUGUGAUUAAAGACUACGAUUUUUUUACCCUCUUUAAAAAAACACUGCUGAAUACGCAUAAAUAUGAAUAUGUAUACACGUGUAAUGAUGUUUCUUUUAGAGUCCAUUUUCAUUACCAGUUCAUUAUACUCGAUGCCGUUUUUUGUUGAUUACUAUUUUGAGCUAGGAAAAAAUGUUUCAUCAACAAAUUGACAAACUGUAAAAGACUGAUACUAUAGUAAUGAAUUUCGCAAAUUAUAGUCCUAAAUAUACUUUUCUAACAAUAUUACCUGUAAAUAGCCAUUAUGGUUAUACUGAUGAAUAAAAAACUAGAAUGUACGUCUAUUUUUUCCAGACAUGGCUAAUAUGUGUACUGAUAGGAAAAAUAAUGUCUAUAAAUAAUUUGAUGUUACAUAUUGGUUGUGUUUUUAUUUCAGUACCACAGCAAACAUAAUAGCAGUAACGACUAAAAAUGAAAAAAUGUUGUAAAAUAUUGUUAUUUUGUGAAACUGGCUUCUACUCCAGCACAGAUUCAUCUUGCUUAGACAAAAUAAAGUACAACUAGCAUUAAGAGGCCACCUAAAGGAAGGACGAAAAGUGGUCUCUUAAUAAAACAUAAUUUGCUCUUUUUCUUAAUGUAAAUGUUCUAACAGACGUGGUUGACUGUUCUCAAACUGCUAGGUUGGUCAGUAGCCGGCUCUCAAGGUUUUUUAGUACUUUGAUUUGUUUUUAUUUUCUUCAGUGGAUGAAUAUCUGUCUCGUAGUGUAUUUAUAAAUUUAAAGUGCAGUAUUGAAAGUAGUAUUUGUCUAAUCAUGUAAUUAUGCACAACAUUUAUUUGAACACCUACUUUAUUUGUUUUUAACAUAUAUUUUACAGCCUGAUGAUAAUUUAAGCUAUAACGAACCCCCUUUCAAAAAGUGAACUUUUCCCACCAAUUUUUGAGUUAUUUUAGAUACAUUGUAUACAUGUAUUAAGGGUCAGUGUAUAUUAUAAAGCCUGUGAAGUCUGUUAAGUAUAUAAAACACCUAUUACUGUGUUAGUCUCGCGGGGACAUUCAGUUCAUGAAAAUUAACAUGAACUGACUCUUGCUUUUUAUGAUUUUGUAUCGUUUUAUGGACACUGCAUUCUGUUUUUAAGUGAUUGAUUUAUAAAAUAAUCAAGGCCUUCGCGAAGUUUAUUGUUUGAUUAACCACGGUCCAGAGUUCAGGUGUGCAGAUAUUGAUAAAUAUUCAAGCAUUGGAACGACGAACCAUGUUCAAUCAGACGAUAAGUCACAAGAAAACAUUGCUUAUUUUCAUUUCAGCAUGCUGAUUGAAACAUUACGAUAAAACUGAAUUAUGCUGAACUAAAUUAAUUCGGUCUGUAAUGAACGGGAUGUCGCGCGAUAUUUUGACGUCAUCAUAUUCUCUCACCGUUCGCAUGUCAACCGUUGUUCAUCGCAUUCUUUCUUUGUUUAACUGACAAGCAAAUCAUAUUUAAAGAGUCGUAAUAUACAUCUGAAGGCGUGACCCUUGAAGUUAUCAGAACGUUCCAAGCAUUAUUAUACACGUAGCCGAUGUCAAACUGUUAGUUUGACAUGCACCUCUUAGUCUUACAUGAAUCUAUUAUAAAACAUUAUAAAAGUGUUUCACACUUUGCUUAUCUGAGAUAUAUUAGAGCGUAUAUAAGACAUUUUAAAAGCGUUUAAACUAUACCAGUCAAGUGUUUGGAACUACACAUAUUUUAGACGUUAUAUUAAAGCAAUUGAUAUUAUAUCUGUUUUAGAUAGUAUUCACGUAUUUAAUAAACAAUUCUAGUAUUUUUAACAGUUUUUGACGUACGUAUGUUGAACCUGUUACAGAUAUUGUUAUUAAAGCGUUUUGAAUUAUUUCUUUUUUACACAAUAUUUAAGCAACUAACACGGCACGUGUUUUAAGCGUUUUUAUGGACAUGUAUUUGACAUUAUACCCUGUAAAUUGUUGACAUUACACUUAAUUUUAAAAUUGUUAAAGCAUUUGACAUUAAACCUACUUCCUGUUCACGUACAUUCCUCGUCAUUGUAUAUAAAACAUGCAUAUCACAUAUAUGUCUUAUUUCAUGUCAUAUAUAUGUUUUUCAUUGUUAUGUUACAUAAAAUAAUGCAAAAUAAAUAGUUUGAUUAUUUUU